AUUUAUCGGCAGCCAUCUUCUUGGGGGUGCUGGGAACCGGGAAGACCCCCCGAACCGUUCCCAUUCAGCUGCCCUUCGUCUUCGCUUUCUUUAGUUUUGCCUCUUCUGCGUUGCCAACCAGCACCUGGUCUCAAAGCUGAGAGAAAGCCCGCGUCUAGGAGCGUGUCGCGCUCUGGUCCAGGAAGAUUCGCUGGGGUGGAGAGAAGGGGGAGGGCCCGGGCAAACCGUUGCUGCCUCAGCCGGGGCCGGGGUUCGGGGAGGGGGAGCUCCUGGCACCCCGUGGACUCGCGGCCUGCAGCCGUCCCCCCGGAGCUGUUGGCCCAUCGGGGCUCGCGGGAGCCUGCCACCGGCGCCUCCCACCGCGGCCCACGCGGGCGGCGCGCGGAGGAGGGGGCGGGGGCAGCGGCGGCUGUAGCGGCCGCGACCUGGGCGGGCGGACUAGUGUGACGGGCCUCUGGGCCGCCGUGGAUGGUUUCUAAAAUGAUCAUUGAAAACUUCGAGGCCCUCAAGUCCUGGCUCAGCAAGACUCUCGAGCCCAUCUGUGAUGCAGAUCCAUCAGCCCUGGCAAAAUAUGUUCUCGCUUUGGUAAAGAAAGACAAAAGUGAAAAAGAAUUAAAGGCGUUAUGUAUUGAUCAACUGGAUGUAUUUCUUCAAAAAGAGACACAGAUAUUUGUGGAAAAACUUUUUGAUGCUGUGAAUACAAAGAGUUAUCUACCUCCUCCAGAGCAGCCAUCAUCAGGAAGCUUAAAGGUAGAAUUUUUUCAGCACCAAGAAAAAGAUAUAAAAAAAGAAGAGAUCACAAAAGAGGAAGAGCGAGAGAAGAAGUUUUCUAGAAGGCUAAAUCACAGUCCUCCUCAGUCAAGCUCCCGAUACAGAGAAAAUAGAAGUCGUGAUGAGAGGAAAAAAGAUGAUCGUUCUCGCAAAAGAGAUUAUGAUCGAAACCCUCCUCGAAGAGAUUCAUACAGAGACCGGUACAAUAGAAGGCGAGGGCGAAGUCGCAGUUACAGCAGGAGUCGGAGUCGAAGUUGGAGUAAAGAGAGGCUUCGUGACAGGGAUAGAGAUAGAAGCAGGACUAGAAGCAGAAGCAGGACCCGAAGCAGGGAAAGGGAUCUGGUAAAACCUAAAUAUGACCUGGAUAGAGCAGAUGCAUUAGAAAACAAUUAUACUCCAGUCUCUUCGGUACCUAAUAUUUCAUCUGGCCACUACCCUGUACCUACUUUGAGCAGCACUAUUACAGUAAUUGCUCCUACUCAUCAUGGUAAUAAUACUACCGAAAGUUGGUCUGAAUUUCAUGAAGACCAAGUGGACCAUAACUCGUAUGUAAGACCACCAAUGCCAAAGAAACGGUGUAGAGACUAUGAUGAAAAGGGUUUCUGUAUGAGAGGAGACAUGUGCCCUUUUGAUCAUGGAAGUGACCCGGUAGUUGUAGAAGAUGUCAAUCUUCCUGGUAUGCUGCCUUUCCCAGCACAGCCUCCUGUUGUUGAAGGACCACCUCCUCCUGGACUCCCUCCACCACCACCAAUUCUUACUCCCCCACCUGUGAAUCUGAGACCCCCAGUGCCACCGCCAGGCCCAUUACCACCCAGUCUACCACCUGUCACAGAUGAUAUUUCUUAUUCUUUGGUUUUGACAGGACCACCACCUCCACUUCCUCCUUUGCAACCAUCUGGCAUGGAUGCUCCCCCAAACUCUGCGACCAGCUCUGUUCCUACUGUGGUAACAACUGGCAUCCAUCACCAGCCUCCUCCUGCUCCACCCUCUCUUUUUACUGCAGUUUUUGUAUUACCAGAUACAUACGACACAGAUGGCUACAAUCCUGAAGCCCCAAGCAUAACAAACACUUCCAGACCAAUGUAUCGACACAGAGUGCAUGCGCAAAGGCCUAACUUGAUAGGCCUAACAUCAGGGGAUAUGGAUUUGCCACCCAGAGAAAAGCCUCCUAAUAAAAGCAGUAUGAGGAUAGUAGUGGAUUCAGAGUCAAGGAAAAGAACCAUUGGUUCUGGGGAGCCUGGAGUUCCUACAAAGAAGACUUGGUUUGAUAAACCAAAUUUUAAUAGAACAAACAGCCCAGGCUUCCAGAAAAAGGUUCAGUUUGGAAAUGAAAAUACCAAACUUGAACUUAGAAAAGUUCCUCCAGAAUUAAAUAAUAUCAGCAAACUUAAUGAGCAUUUUAGUCGAUUUGGAACCUUGGUUAACUUACAGGUUGCCUAUAAUGGUGAUCCUGAAGGUGCCCUUAUCCAAUUUGCAACAUAUGAAGAAGCAAAGAAAGCAAUAUCAAGUACAGAAGCAGUGCUAAAUAAUCGCUUUAUUAAGGUUUAUUGGCACAGAGAAGGAAGCACCCAGCAGUUACAAACUACUUCUCCAAAAGUAAUGCAGCCUUUAGUCCAGCAGCCCAUUUUGCCUGUUGUGAAGCAGUCAGUCAAAGAGCGGUUGGGUCCGGUACCUUCAAGUACUGUUGAACCAGUAGAAGCCCAGAGUGCCAGUUCAGAACUUCCUCAGAAUGUAACUAAGUUAUCUGUGAAGGACAGGUUGGGUUUUGUAUCAAAGCCAUCUGUUUCAGCAACUGAAAAGGUGUUGUCUACAUCUACUGGCCUAACAAAAACGGUGUAUAAUCCAGCUGCUUUGAAGGCUGCACAAAAAACCUUACUUGUUUCCACCUCUGCAGUUGAUAAUAAUGAAGCACAGAAAAAAAAACAGGAGGCACUGAAACUUCAGCAGGAUGUAAGGAAAAGAAAACAAGAAAUUUUAGAAAAGCACAUUGAAACACAGAAGAUGUUAAUUUCAAAAUUGGAGAAAAACAAAGCAAUGAAGUCUGAAGAUAAAGCAGAAAUAAUGAAAACUUUAGAGGUUUUGACAAAAAAUAUUACCAAGUUGAAAGAUGAGGUCAAAGCUGCUUCUCCUGGACGCUGUCUUCCAAAAAGUAUAAAAACCAAGACUCAGAUGCAGAAAGAAUUACUUGACACAGAACUGGAUUUAUAUAAGAAGAUGCAAGCUGGAGAAGAAGUCACUGAACUUAGGAGAAAGUAUACCGAAUUACAGCUGGAGGCUGCGAAACGGGGGAUUCUUUCAUCUGGUCGUGGUAGAGGAAUUCAUUCAAGAGGUCGAGGGGCAGCUCACAGCCGAGGCAGGGGUCGAGGUCGAGGUCGAGGUGUGCCUGGUCAUGCUGUGGUGGAUCACCGUCCCAGGGCAUUGGAGAUUUCUGCAUUUACAGAGAGUGAUAGAGAAGAUCUUCUUCCUCAUUUUGCGCAAUAUGGUGAAAUUGAAGAUUGUCAGAUUGAUGACUCUUCACUUCAUGCAGUAAUUACAUUCAAGACGCGUGCAGAAGCUGAAGCAGCUGCAGUUCAUGGAGCUCGUUUCAAAGGGCAGGAUCUAAAACUGGCUUGGAAUAAACCAAUAACUAAUAUUUCAGCUGUUGAAACAGAAGAAGUUGAACCUGAUGAAGAGGAAUUUCAGGAAGAGUCUUUGGUGGAUGACUCAUUACUUCAAGAUGAUGAUGAAGAAGAAGAGGACAAUGAAUCUCGCUCUUGGAGAAGAUGAUUUGGCUGAUCAUUGAUCUGCAUAUGAUAGAACUCUACCUGUGUUUCAUUAGUAUUAUCUAAUGUACUUUUACAUAUUUGUAAAAACAAUUUUUGGUAAAAUGUGAUGAAGAUGGAUUUCACAAAUAGACAAAAGAGAAGAAAACUACCUUCUGAAUCCUGUAUUUUGAAAGAUUGAUGUUUGAGUUUUAUUUCAGUAAACAAUUGGUAAAGACAUCACACUAGAAACAUAUGCAAUGUUUUUAUUACAUACUUCUACUGAACAUUACAGAAUUCUUUGGGUUCUUUGUAAUUUAAUGAAUAGGUCUGAAGACUUAAUGACCAAUACUUGUUAUAACUUAGAGGAUUUUGUUUUACUCCAAAUAAGGAAUGAAUUUGCAUUUAAAAUCUUAAUGAAUGUUUUCAAAAAUGAGUAGGUAACAUAGUACUCUAACUAAAGUCUCCAAGUUAUGUAUUCAUAAUAUUACAUAGUAGUAUGCUUAGGCUUUACUAUGUAUUAGCCUUUUGUUGGAAUUGUGUAUGUAUUUUACCAUAUGGGUUUUAAUGAUAACGGUGUAUGACUGCUUUGCAUUUGAGUCCUUAUGCAUUCAGAUGUUAAAAAUAAAGUGGAAUGGUCUCUUGAAAAGAAAAGAAAAGAAAAAAAGCAAUGACAAAAAAAAAAAAGACAAUGUUCCUUGAUUUAAAAAAAGAAAAAAAAAAAGAAAAGAAAAAAAAGUUAAAAUAAAUAGACCAUUCCAGAUGGUGAUCUACCCUUCCCCCCAAUAAUCACAAAAGGAGCUAUAAUCACUAACUUAUUCUUAAUAAUAAUGGUUACCAGUACCUUUACAAUAAUGUUCAAUCCAUUGUUUAAAAUUUAUACCACUUCAGUUUGGUUUGAUCCUAUAAACUUUCAACAGAUGUCUUAAAUUAAAAGCAGGCUGAUUAGUUUGGAACCAGACUUCAAGUAGAGCUAACAUUUGGUGAAUAAGAAAACAUCACAUUACAUUUUGGAUGUAUGAAAGAAAACUUGACCAUUUGAAGAUAUAUGAAUAAAGAAAUGUACUAUAGAUACUACUUUAGGAAAACACUGUUUGUAGUCGUGAAAGAUGCCAAAUUGGCAGAGGCUCACGUUUCUUCUCUUUACACCAAACAGCAGAGAGAGAUCAUCAUUGCCUGAAUUUAGCUUUGUGACUACAACAGCAAGACCUGUUCCUGUCUGGAGACGACUGUUAUAAUAAUAUGAUACUAUCGUUUUAUGUUUGCUCUUUAUCAUUUUGAAUAGAUGUUUACAUGUACCAUAAUUAGCAUUUUAUCUUUACAGUUCUUUUAGGGUACAUCUGAGUCCAGAAGUAAAUCUGAUUGUGUGCUUUGUCUGACCUUAUUCUUAAAUGUUUUCUCCCCUUUAUAGCCAUUUAUUUUUAAACAGUCUAAGAAGGGAAAAAAAGAAAAUCCUCUUGGUUUUCCUAACCUGAGAUAAGUUUUCAGUCUCAGCCAAAUUGAAAUUGUGUCUAGGAAGUCUAUAAAGCCAUGAUACUGUGUUCAUUAGCAUGAACAAUUUAGAAUGAUGAAAAUGAUUAAAAAGUUAAACCUUGGUUUGGCUUUAAUUUUCCUGGGUUUUUAGGAUACAUUUCUGGAGUUAGGAUAGUCACUUAAAAUAAUUUUGAACAAUUAGUAAAAUACUUUUUUCACAUGGUGAUAACUUGCCUGUUUCUUCUAAAUAUACUUAUUGAAGUCACUGCCAAGGCCACUUACCCAAAUAAUUUUUUAAAAAUUCUUAACUCUUCAAAAUAAACAAGGAAAAUAAUUUUCUUUCUUUUCAAGUAGUAUAAAAUGAUCUGUGGAUUAUAAAUAUUGAGAAAUAUCUAUUAAAUGUCAAAUUUACACAGUUUUUCCUUAUUUUCCUCAGUUGCAACCAAGAUAUCAAAGACAAUUUUAAAAGCAAGGGGAAAUAGUGUUGUGUGUCUAGCAUUGUUAAAACUAUAGUUUUCCUGCCUUAAAAGGUGUAUGUCUAUACUAUUUAUUUAUAAGCAAUAUGGCUUGGAAUUAUUUAUAGAGAGCAUGAUUAAAUUUUAUUCUAAUAUUCACCCAAAAUACCUUUUCAUAAUGGGCACCAUAAAGUUUUCAGAAAAUUAAUUUCUUAGUAUUCCUUCAUAGAUUCUCAUUAGCAUUUGAGAAGUCGGAAGUUACACUUGAUAGCAACUCUUAUUACAAAAGUCCAAAUUAUACUUGAUUCUUUUCUCCCUUGUUUUGUUUUUUUUUUUUAGUUCCAUUCAGCCAUGCUCAUGUUUUCACCUUUUUGUGCAAAGUUAACUAUUCUGCAAGCACUUUUUCUUGAGUAUGAAUUGCAUUUGUCUUCAUGAAAAAAAGAAUGAACCUGUCAGACAUAAUAUAAGUUAUCUAUUUUGAUCCAUGUUAGUUGGAGACAGCAUGGUUAAUGAAGGCUUAGUUUAAAGGAAGGUCUUCUUUACAUAAUUAUGACCUUAUAGCCUACAGGGCAUUUUAAAAAUUGGACUUCUCUUUUAGUUCACAUUUGCGAACAAACAUAUAGCUGCUGGGAGUUCACAAAUAUUUUCCCAGAUUAGUUCAGUAGUUUUUUCUUUUUAAGGAAAGAUUCUCUGCCUGUGUAAUAGAAUAGUUCUAACCUGCUGGGCUAAAAACCCAAAAACAUUCUCUGAAGGGACCAUACUUGCUGUUAACAGUUUUGGUUGGUUAAUAGAUGUGGAUCAUAUCCCACCACUCUCAAUUUUAUUUUGUCAUCUCCCCCCCCCUUGCUUUUAAAUUAGAAACAAAAUAAAUUGAACAUGCCAUUGGGAAUCAGAAGUCGAGAUGAUUUAAUUCUCAUUGAGAUCAUUGUACUUUCUGAAAAUUGCUGUGAGAUCUGGUUGGUCAGGUACAUAUUUGAGUUCCCAUAUGUUUAUUAAUUAAAAAUAGGGAUUUUCAUUAUUUCAUUUUCCUGAAGAGGAUUCUUAUGGAGCUAUGUGUAGAUAACUGUACAGAAUCACUUUUGUGUAACUGAGUGAAGCAGUUUACGUCUGCAUGAUUGCAUUAUGGAAGCCUUUUAUAUAUCUUUAUAUUUUUCAAUAUACUUAGAUUUUACACUAUCAGCUGCCCUAGUCAUGCUAUAUUUGUUUUUUUUUAAUAGAGUUUAUAAAUAUUUGUGCUCAAAAUACAGAUCAAUUGAAUAUUUUUGGUCUUGUUUACAAGAUAAAUAAUACUUUAAAGUGAUGCAGCCCCUCAAGUGUCUUAGGAAAAAGUCAUUGGUGCUACAAAACCUUUCAAUAUCAUUUUUCAACCUGUUAUCUAGACUUUACUAGGCUUAAAUCUAUGAUUGCUUAUAACUUAAUCUAAUCUAGUAGCAUAAUUAUAAAAGUGGUCUGCGGUGAGUCGGGUAAAGAUCCCAGCCAAUUAGAAACAUCCCAUAAUUUAAAGAUAAGAUGGAGAAUGCCAUUAUACUAAUUUGUGUCCAGCUUCCCCAAAAGAAAAGUUUCUUCAGUUUUUCAUUAGCUCUUUUGAGAAAAGGAGUGGUGUGUUAAUAUGACUAGAAUAAAGAAAAUGAUACAUUCAGCAUGGCUCAGUUUUCCCAGAUUUCAAAUGGAAAACUUUUCUAGUCCUAAAAUAUGGUAUAAUCCUAUUCUGCUUUAAAUUCCCAUCUGUCUUUUACUCAACAGGAGGCAGGGUAAUUCUUAAAUAUUUAUAGAACAUUUGAUGAGUUCUAAAGAGAUGUAUUAUUUACAUUGUACAAGUUUUGUGUUGAUGUGCAGAUUGUUUUCUACAUCUGCAAGACUUCAUUCCAGCACCUUAGUGAAUGUUCUUAAGAUACAAUUUUUAAGUAUCAGCAAAGCAUUCAUAGAUGUUUACUUUUGAUUCUCAGAAUCCUGAACCUGUUUUGGGUAUGAUGUUACUUCACAACAUGUCUGGCACAAGAUUUCCUUUAAUAGUAGUUUAGUCUAACUCAAUUUCUGUGGAUUGUUGAACCGAAAAACACCAAAGGAGUUCUUUCUUGUCUGGAGACUGGAUUGUUCCAGUUUUUAAUACCUGUGCCCAUAAGUAUCCCAUUUCACGAAUGUGUGUUGGCAUGGGGGAAAAAUUCCCUGCUCUUUGAGUGGAGCGAAACUAAUUGGUUAAGCUGUAGCAGCUUUUUUUGUUUAUUUUUUAAAGUGAUAAUAAAACUUGAACUGAAAAUGGUAAAACUUGAACUAGAAAACUACUCUUGUAUGCUUAGAAUGUUUAUAGUAUUACGUGUUUAUG